AUGUCGGAGCGCGUCCCACCCACCCAGGCUUUUGUGUACCGCAGCAGCCCUGACUACGUGGAUCUCACCCAAGUAGUGCCUUUCCUACACAAGGAUUGUGCCCAGUUCCUAACUUCACCCAGCGAAAGUCCCCGACAGGGCGCAUGCUGCCCGAAGAACAUCAAGACGCGGAGGUCUAUCAUCGUUUCCAACGGUCGUACCGGAUGUACACCAAGGGAGACUAGCUCCCACCAGCAUGCCCUCUCUCGCCAAUCGGACAACGCAGGGACCUCGCCCUCGUUUCAGAGAAGCCGUACUAUGGAGGCCGAUGGAGUGUUAGACGGUUCGAGCUACCGAAUCUCUCUGGCCGACACACAAGAGCCCUGCAAGGCCGAGGUUUGCUUGGGUGCCCAAGCAACCGGCUAG